GCUGGAGCGCAGCGGAGCCCGAGUAAAGGCGCGAAGAGUGAGGGGUCCGGCCGGCGGAACCCCGCCCGCGCUCGGCCGCCACCACUAGUCCCCAUGGCGUCCGCCGCCGUCUGGACCACGCUGGCAGUUGGACUGCAGCUUUGGGCCGCGGGCCACGCUGUGCCCGCCCAGGCCCAGGGUCUGAGCAGAAGCCCCACCCCACUGAGACCUCUGACCCUUGCUUUCUCAGGCUACCGUGUAAAAGUCUUCUGCACCAAGACCUCAGAUACGGUGUGUGCCCCCUGCGAGAAAAGCACAUACACCAAGGUCUGGAACAGGGUCCCCGCAUGCUUCAGCUGUGGGUCCCGCUGCAAGACUGGCCAGACGGAAACUCAAGCCUGCACUGGGAAAAAGGACCGCAUAUGCGACUGCCUGCCAGACUGGUACUGCAUGCUGCCAAAGCCGGAGGGGUGCCGGGAGUGUGUGCUUCAGCGCAAGUGCCCCCCCGGCUUCGGUGUGGCCAAACCAGGAACUGCAACAUCAAAUGUGCGGUGUGCUCCCUGUGACCCAGGGACAUUCUCUGACACAACAUCAUCCACAGAUACUUGCAGGCCCCACCAGCGCUGUAGCUCGGUGGCCAUCCCUGGCAAUGCAAGCAUGGAUGCGGUCUGCACAUCUGUGCUCCCCACCGUGAGAGUGGCCCCAAACUUAGACCUCGUGCCCCAGCUACUGUCCACGAGAUCCCAACACGUGGAGCCAACUCCAGGACCUAGCACAGCAUCAAGUACCUCUGUCCUGCUCCCAAUGGUCCCAAGUCCCCCGACUGAAGGGGUCGGCACAGGGAACAUUUCUCUUCCAAUUGGACUGAUUGUGGGUUUGACAGCCUUGGGACUGCUAAUAAUAGGGCUGGCGAACUGUCUCAUCAUAACCCAGAAGAAAAAGAAGCCCCUUUGCAUGCAAGGAGAAGUGAAGGUGUCUCACCUGCCUGCUGAUACGGCCCGGGGUGCUCCGGGCUCCGAGCAGCAGCACCUGCUGACCACGGCGCCAAGCUCCAGCAGCAGCUCCCUGGAGAGCUCAGCCAGCACUGAAAACAAGAGGGCGCCCAGCAGGGACCAGCCGCAGGCACCAGGCACAGGGAAGGCCAGUGGGUCUGGGGAGGCCCAGGCAAGCUCCAGGAGCCCAGAGUCUCCUCCUGGCGGCCAAAGGACCCAGGUCAACGUCACCUGCAUCGUGAAUGUUUGCAGCAUCUCCGACCAUGGCUCUCAGUGCCCCUCCCAGGCCAGCUCCAUGAUGGGGGACACAGAUGCCAGCUCCUCAGGCUCCCUGAAGGAUGAACAGGUCCCUUUCUCCAAGGAGGAGUGCCCUUUCUGGUCCCAGCCAGGGGCCCCAGAGACUCUGCUGCAGAGCCCAGAGGACAAGCCCCUGCCCCUCGGAGUACCCGAUGCCGGGAUGAAGUCCAGUUAACCAGGCUGGCGUGGGCCGCAUCACAGCCGAGGUGGGCUGACCCUUGGGCCUUCUUGGCCCCUAGCGCCCAGCACUCUGGUUCUUUCUGGGCCAAAUUCCUUUCGUGGCCUCCACAGCCUCAGUCUCCCUCUUACCUACAGGCAAAAAGACAAUGCAGGGAGAGUCAUGGAGACCCUCUCCCGUCACCGUGUGCGUCCUUCUCGCAAGGCUGGCUGGAUGUGCUGGGCAGCCUGGGGCCGGCCCCUGCCUCUCCAAAUUGCACCCCCAGCUGGUCCUAUGAACUUGGCUUCUGAAGCCCUUGUUGUUUUGAUCCCUGGGCUCUACCGGCUCUGGCUUCCUGGGAACCCCCAGCAUCCUGCAUUCCAGAGGGGCUGCUGGGGAAGAGGGACACUGUGUGAGUCAUCCACGGAGAAGAGGCAGUGGAGAAAGGGCUGUGCUUUAGCCUGAAAGCUGAGACUGCAGGACGGUUUCAGUGAGGGUCUGGGGCUGUCCAAGGUCAGUCAGAUGGCUCUGUGCAGGGAGGAGGUGACAACCCCUAUAGGGGGUGGCGGUCCCCCGGGUUAGCUAAGGAUCCUUGGAAAGCACCACCUCCAAGUCCAUUCUUGCUAGCGCCACCUCUGGUACAAGGGUGUGGAAAUCGGACACCCAGAGGGCCCAGGCAGCCAACCUGAAGGAGUGCCCUGGCUUGGGCACGAUGGCAAACCUCUAACAGGAAAUCUUUUAAUUUUAAUAUGUGACAAUAAAAAAAUAAAUAAAUAAAAAGUAAGCACCAUAGAAGCAAACAAGCCAAGCACCACGGACGCAAACAAGCCAACAACACAACAAAUCAAAGUCAGCUUGCCUCCUCUGCCUUGGACCUUCACUCCAGUUUACUCACAGCCCCAGGCCCCCACCCUCUCCCUCCCGGGCGUGGGGCUCCAAGGCCACACCUUUUCCUAUCAGGGAAUUUCAGGAACUGGAGAUGACCGAGGCCCUGCAGCCAUCUCUCUCCUCCUACCUCAGCCUGCACCUUCCUCCUUUGCCUCUCGAGGGGGUGUUCCUGUUUCCCCCUGAACCCCCUCCUGCUGUUCCUGGAGUCCCAGGCCCCAGGGGAGCUGUGGGGACACAUUGGUACUGUGCCUGUCGCGAUCCCAAGUGGAUGUGAGGUGCUGAGAGCCAGUCUGUGUCUGUGUAUCUGUGUCUGUGUGUCUGUGUCGUGUACUGUGGGUCUGCGCAGCCAAUGUCGUCGGGUUGAAUGGCCUUCCUGAAGUCAACAGUUUUGCUAAGGAGUUCUUACCUUUUAAAGAGUUAGCCCAGUGCCCCCAAACACACUUGUCCACACCCUGCAGAUGGUGGGCAAGUGUGGCCUUGACCAGAUUCUGGAAGGAAGGGGACGGGGUCUCCUUGAGAAGCCAUUUGGAUCUGUGGUACUGGGAUCCCUUGUUGAAAAAUUCCACUGGACUUGAACUUGGCAGCUGAACUUUUUAGAGAGUGGGCGAGUCCAGCCGUUACCAUGGAGACAAGAAAGGCUGUCCAUCCAGGAAAUCAAGAUGUCUUACUGCCCGGACUGGCCAGGGUCUCCACCCACAUUGGAUCCUGCACUGUCAUGGAGCACACCUGCCCCCUGGUGGUCAGUCCUGGGAGGACUUCUAGGACUCUUUGCCAUCACCCCAGCAGAGCAGGGAGGUGAUGAAUUAAAAGGAGACCCUUUCUGGAUGUAGCCUCAGUUCCCGGCUUGUGUUGAUCCCAAGACGAUGAGAGUUUGCACUGUAUACUAGGCAGCAUUCCUGCUUGUAAAUAAACCUUUCGUUUGUUUUACA